GCGAUAAAACAGGUUCUAUGAGCAAUUUAAGUGCUAGCGAGUACUGAGCAGUCUUAAAUUCGUCUCUCAAUAAAGACAUUUCAUCUCUAAACAUUCAGUGCAGCAGGUAUUGUCAGUAGGUGUACGUUUGGAGGCCAGAUUUGCAUUGAAAGUCUAAGGAAGAGAUGAACCUGUUCGUGCUGGCAUGCAUGAUCUUGCCUCUGAAAGCGGACCAUUGUCCGAUCUCCGUUGGUCCUGUGAGUCCUUCCCAGGAGUCGACACUGCAGGAGAGUCGCCUCCAUGUGGCCGUGGACCUGCUGCGAACCGUGGCCUCCCAACAACCUACCGAGAACGUGUUCCUCUCGCCAUCCAGCAUCUACUCGGCCCUGCUCCUGGGGUACUUCGGGGCCGCCGGCAACACGCAGAAUCUCCUGAGGGACACUCUUCACAUUCCGGAGAAUCUGACCAAAAGUACAGUAGUGGGACUGUACACAAGAGAAAAGGAAACGUCCAAGAAAAAUGCUAAACAUGAUCAUAACGCAUAUGAAUUAGACAGUGCCAACAGAAUAUACGUGCAAGAAGACUUACCUCUCAGGAAGUGUGUCCAACAUCUGCUCACAGAUGAGUACAAAAGAAUAAAUUUUAAGGAUGGCACAGCUGUUGAGACAAUAAAUGAUUGGGUCGCAGGAGUGACAAGAAAUAUGAUAAAUCCAUUUCUUACCGAAGGUGUCCUCGACUCACGUGACCGUAUAGCGAUGGUAAAUGCAGUUUAUUUCAAGGGGAACUGGAAGAUAAAAUUUGAUACGGAAGAUACCCAAAUUUGGGAAUUUACCUUGGCGGAUGGCUCAAAAAAAGAUGUGGAAAUGAUGUCUAAUACAGCAGACUUUAAAACGUAUCAUGGAAGCAUGUACGGUGUUCUUGAGAUGCCUUACGAAGGAGAUGACGUCACCAUGUUUAUUGUGCUGCCUACACAACAUUCAUCAGAAGCCAUACCAAAGCUGUUGGCCAAUCUUACUGGAGGAGAGGUGAAGAGCAUCAUCACUCGCAUGUCCAAAAAAGAACCCGGAGAGGUGACCAUCAAUGUGCCAAAGUUUACUUCAGAGAAGAGCUACCAGCUGGUUCCGAUCCUCAAAGAAUUGGGUGCUGGAGAACUAUUCGACAAACCCGCCGACUUCUCACAUCUCUUUAAACACGAUUCUUCUUUAAUGCUCAAUAAUGUACUUCACAAAGCCAAAAUUGAGUUGGACGAGAUGGGAGCAAGAGCAGCUGCCUCUACCCUUUUCAUUGGCAACCGGAUGUUAUCUUCUGAUUUCACCGUCAACCGUCCUUUUGUAUACUUUAUCUAUCAGAAGUCCUUAAGAACAAUACACUUCGCCGGGAUCUUCAACUCUCCAUAGCAUCUGGCAAAACAGCAAUAACUGUAAAUAGGUUUAAUGCACAUAAUAUGCAUUCUCUUACGUCACGUACAAUUUGGAAUCUAAAAUACAUUGAAAUUGUUUAUGUUUAUUGCAAUACAUUUUUUACUUCAGUAUACGAAGUGCCUUAUUAUAAGUUUAAAAAUGUGUAUUGGUAAUUUGUUUAGUAAGUGUUUUCUUUUCAAAGCCCGUACUGUGUGUACACAGGUGACAGGACGUAUUUUUUUACUAACUAAAUCACCGUAAAUACUAUAUAGACUGUCAUACUAUUUGUACUAUACUAUUAUAGCAAUGUAAAAGUACGCCACACCAUUAUCGUGUAACAAGCUUAGCAGAAUUUAUAUGCAAAAUUUUAAGUCUAUUGCUCAUUUAUUUAGGCUACAUGUAUUACAAUGUCAUAUAUUAAAAUGUUGUAUGCAUGUUUAACA